ACCAGCAAAAUGAUGUCAACACCAAGUCAAUGGAAGAGGUACCUGAGGUGAUUGCAGAGCAAUCGGUAUCAGAUAAGAUAAUAGAUGAUUUUAUUCUCGAAGAAUCUGUCAAUGUACCUGACUCAGUUAUAGCUAAACCCCCGUCUAUUCACGAAGUUCAUAGUCAGUUAAAUUUAUCAGAGGUACGAGAUCCAGGGCUGUGCAAUCAGAAUGGUUUGACUCUCACCCCACAGAUCGAAGAGGAGAAGAAUUUGGAUUCAGAGCCAUUCAUAGCCAAUAUCUCUGGUAUCAAUUCUCAGGAUUCUGUCAUUCCCUUGAACGAAAAAGAUGGACAAGAU